AUGUUUUUUUCCAGCUUCAAUUAGUUUCAAAAGACUUGGAGUGAGUGAAGAGACAGACCCUGGGCUGAAAUACCGCACCACAAGCGAACCCUACAAAAUGCAGCUGCGUGUCCUUUUCUCGCUGGUACUUGUGCUGUUUGUCGUCCUGAUGACAGGGUGUUCUGAAGCUGGCAGAAAUAAAAAAGAGAAAGGGAAGAAGUCAGGCUCAACCUGCAAAGAAUGGCAGUGGGGAACAUGUGAGCCAGCCUCUGGUGACUGUGGCACUGGACUCCGUGAGGGAACCUGCAAGGAAAAGGAGGAAACCAAGACUGUGAAGUGCAGGGUGCCAUGUAACUGGAAGAAGCAAUUUGGAGGUGACUGCAAGUACAAGUUUGGAAACUGGGGCGAAUGCGACACCGAGACUGGUCUAAAAACCCGCAAUGGAACCCUAAAGAAGGCACUGUUCAAUGCGGAGUGUGAGCAGUCAGUGAAGGUCACAAAGUCCUGUGAUAAAUCCAAGUCAAAAUCAAAAGGUAAGAAGGGAAAGAAGGGCAUGUGAGGAAGUUUCUAGAAACUGGACAGUAUAACCCACCUUCUUGUUGAUCUGAGCUGCAGCACAAUCUAUACAGCCACCCCUCACCAAAAUACCUUUUACCAAGCUUUUGUUGUAAUCUUCUAAUCUGUAGAAUUUAAUGUAAAAGAACUGCCUUUUUAAUCAUUGCUUUCUUUAAAAAAAAAACCCUCUUAUUGCUUAUAAAUCUGAGACUUUGGCAUGUGUACAGUACAUUUCUGCAAUGAUAAUAAUUUUCAUGUAGAAUGCCUUACAAAUCUCUCGGCUCGUAGUGGUGGUUCUUAUUGUGGAUCCAGUUGUCCCUUUUUAACCCCAUUCAAAAUGCCUACAUCACCACGUGUCUCUGCAGAAUUCUUGAUCAUUAAUUUUUCCCAGCCUCCUUGGCCAUCACACCUGAAGGCUUUUUUGCAAGAAUUGAUCUGGGCUACACAAAGCAUUUUUGAACAACUGAUGACAAGAUCAGAAGAGAAACAAUCAUUUUGCUUUACUGGCAUUGUUUUGAUGGAGGGAUUGCAUUGUAACUCUGAAAUUAUGCAACAAAUGUAGUCCAAUUAAAGUCUGAAUACUCUUUGUUUCAAAGCCAUUGUAUGGAGAUUUGGAAGGCACAAUGUAGUUCAUGAAUAAUAAUGCAUUUCCUGUCCUAAAUGUUUACCAUUCACUGGAGAGAUCUUGGACUAGAGUUUUUUUCAAAUAAAAUCUUUUUAUAAACUUA